AUGAUCCCCAAGAAUUACCAGCAUCUCCUGGCCUUGGCAUUUGCAGUACAAGAGAUCAAUGACAGCCCUCACAUACUGCCCAACCGCACUUUGGGCUUCCGCAUCUAUGACAGCUACGACAAUGCAAGGAGAACCUGUCAGGCCACCCUGCGACUUCUGUCAGUGCAGGAGAGAUUGGUCCCCAACUAUGCAUGUGGCAUCCACAAUAAUCUAAGAGUAGUUAUUGGAGCAUUGGACUCCCACGUUUCUCUCAAUAUGGCAAAUAUCUUAGAUAUCUACAAGAUUCCACAGCUCAUCUAUGGUGUGGCUCCUGUCAUGAAUGAUAAGACACCAGGACUUCCCUUCUAUCAGAUGGUUCCUCACGAAACUCUGCAAUAUGAGGGGAUUCUGUCUUUGCUUCUACAUUUCAGCUGGACCUGGAUUGGACUUGUUUUUAUGGAUAACGACAAUGGACAGAGAUUCUUGCAAAAUGUCUUUCCAAUGUUUUCCAAAAGAGGCGUCUGUUUUGCAUUCACAGAAAGAGUUCCCCCAGAAACCUACAUGAAUCAAAUUUAUGUUAUGUUAGAAAAGGGCGCAAAAAUAUAUGAUAAACUAGUGGACAGCAAAGCUAAUGUAGUCGUGGCCCAUGGAGAAUCAUAUUCCAUUGCAAUUUUUAGAUGGCUGACAUAUAUAUCAGAACUGGAGAACAGGACAAGCAAACUAAAAGGCAAAGUAUGGAUAGCCUCAGCCCAGAUGGAGGUCAAUGCAUUUGUCUAUCAAAGGCACUGGGCAACAGAAAUCUUCCAUGGUGCUCUGACCUUGAGAAUUCAUUCCAAUGACCUACCGGGAUUCAAAUCAUUUCAAGAGAGCAGAAAUCCAGUCAGCACAAAAGGGGAUGAUUUUCUCAGGCAUUUUUGGCAACAGGCUUUUGGCUGUCUUUUCCCAAGUGCAAUAGCAGAGGAUGUAGAAGAGGAGAACUGCACUGGGAAGGAAAGGCUGGAGAGCCUUCCCGGAGAUUUCUUCGAGAUGAGCGUGACUGGCCACAGCUACAGCAUCUACAAUGCGGUCUAUGCUGUGGCCCACGCUAUGCAUGCCAUGUCCUCAUCUGAAGUCAACCACAGGUCGAUCAUGGAGGCUAAUGGACAGAAGUUUAGGAAUGAAGAGGCAUGGCAGCUCCAUCAGUUUCUCAGAGGUGUCUCAUUUAAUAACAGUGCUCAGACCAAGGUUUCCUUCAAUGAGAAAGGGGAGGUGAUGUCUCGAUUUGAUGUUAUCAACUGGAAGUUCUUUUCCAAUGAAACUUUUCUCCGUGUGAAAGUCGGAAUGUUUGAUCUUCAGGCUUCUCCAGGCCAAACACUCACCAUUGAUGAGGAGGCCAUCACAUGGCACCACCAGUUUAAUCAGACACGACCACUUUCUGUAUGCACGAAGAGUUGCCGUCCAGGCUCCAGCAAGAAAGUGAAGGAAGGGGAGCCAUACUGCUGCUACGAUUGCAUCACAUGUCCAGGUGGGAAGAUCUCAAGUCAGGAGGACAUGAAUGAUUGCAAUCCAUGCUCAGAUACAAAAUAUCCAAACAAGAAUCACGAUUUUUGUCUUCCAAAAACUAUAACCUUCUUAUCUUAUGAAGAAGCUUUGGGACUCAGUUUAGCCUUCCUUGCCAUUACCUUUUCUUUCAUCACAGUUCUGGUGCUGGGUGUGUUCGUGAAGAACCACAGGACUCCCAUAGUCAAAGCGAACAACCAGAAGCUCACCUACACUCUGCUCAGCUCCCUCCUCCUCUGCUUCCUUUGUGCUUUGCUAUUCAUUGGUGAACCUCAGAUACUCACCUGCCUCCUCCGACAAACUGCCUUUGCCAUCAUUUUCUCAGUGGCUGUUUCUUCUGUGCUGGCAAAAACCCUCUUAGUCAUUCUGGUUUUCAUGGCAACUCAGCCAGGAUCCAGGAUGAGGAAGUGGUUGGGAAAGGAGAAGGCUGAUGCUAUUUUUCUUUGUUGCUCCCUCAUCCAAGUGGGCAUCUGUUCUGCAUGGCUGGGAACAUCACCCCCAUUUCCAGAUGUCGACACGUUCUCCAUGGCCGAAGAAAUAGUACUGGAGUGCAACGAGGGCUCGAUGAUAAUGUUUUAUUGUGCCUUGGGCUACAUGGGCCUUCUCGCCACCAUCAGUUUCACCGUGGCCUUCCCCUCCAGGAAGCUGCCUGGCAGUUUCAAUGAAGCCAAGUUUAUCACGUUCAGCAUGCUGGUCUUUUGCAGUGUUUGGCUCUCCUUUGUUCCUUCUUACCUCAGCACCAAGGGGAAAUCCAUGGUGGCUGUGGAGAUCUUCUCCAUCUUGGCUUCUAGCUCAGGAUUGCUGGCUUGCAUCUUCUUCCCAAAAUGCUACAUUAUUAUGCUGAGACCUGAGCUGAACAACAGAGAACAGCUAAUUAAAAGAAAACUUUGA